GGAGCGGGGAGCAGAGCCGGGGGAAGACCCGGAGGAUGACUGCGCGGCCCGUGGCGACACCAGCGCAGUAAUGCCAACAUGAUGUUUCGCUCAGGUGGAAUGUGGAGCUGUCCCUGGAAAUGGAAGCCAAGUUCCCUUUUGUUCUUAUUUGCUUUAUCUAUUGUCUGUGUUCCUCACUCAGUGUGGGGAUGUGCCAACUGCAGGCUUGUGCUAUCCAACCCUUCCGGGACCUUUACUUCUCCAUGCUACCCUAACGACUACCCUAACGCCCAGUAUUGCAUGUGGACCCUCCGAGCCCCCGCUGGCUAUAUCAUUCAGAUAACGUUUAAUGACUUCGACAUUGAAGAAGCGCCCAAUUGCAUUUAUGACUCAUUAUCCCUUGAUAAUGGAGAGAGCCAGAAGAAAUUUUGUGGAGCAACUGCCAAAGGCCUAUCAUUCAACUCAAGUGCAAAUGAGAUGCUUGUGUCCUUUUCAAGUGACUUUAGCAUCCAGAAGAAAGGUUUCAAUGCCAGCUACAUCAGAGUCGCUGUGUCCUUAAGGAAUCAAAAGGUCAUCUUACCCCAGACACUAGAUGUGUACCAGGUGUCUGUUGCAAAAACUGUCUCUAUUCCGGAGCUCAGCGCUUUCACACUCUGUUUUGAAGCAGCCAGAAUUGGCAAGGAAGACAGUGAAUGGAUGGCUUUCUCCUACUCAAAUGCAUCCUUCACACAAUUACUCAGUUUUGGAAAGGACAAGAGUGGCUACUUUCUAGCUAUAGCUGGUUCAAAAUGUUUACUAAACAGCGUGUUACCUGUGAAGGGUAAAGAAGACGUUUUCACAGAAAGCUUUGAGCAGUUCUGCUUUGAUUGGAAUAAUUCUUUUGGUUAUAUUGGUGUAACUUUCAAAAGAUGGCACAAAAUAAUUCUAUGCAAUGCUAGCAUUAAUAAAGUUAUUUCUGGGAAUGGGAAAUUGUUGUUGGGCUCCAAUCAAAAUGGAAUUGCCUCUCUAAAAGCGGACAUUUAUAACUUUCGACUUUGGAAUUUUUCCAUGAAUUCCAAAAUCCUCUUCAACCUCAGCUGUAAUGUGAAAGGGAAUGUGGUCGACUGGCAAAACGACUUUUGGAAUAUCCCAACCCUAGCUCUGAAAGCUGAAAGCAACCUAAGCUGUGGUUCCUACCUGAUCCCGCUCCCAGCAGCAGAACUAGCCAACUGUGCCGAUUUGGGGACCCUCUGCCAAGCUACUGUAAGCUCUCCUAGUACUACACCACCUACUGUCACCACUAACAUGCCUGUUACUAAUAGAAUCGAUAAACAAAGGAAUGAUGGAAUUAUCUAUAGAAUUUCCAUAGUGAUUCAAAACAUCCUUCAUCACCCUGAGGUAAAAGUACAGAACAAGGUGGCAGAAUGGCUUAAUUCAGCCUUGCGAAAUUGAAACUGCACUGUGUACGUGGUGAAUAUCAUUUUACACCUGAACUCAGGAGAAGACAAGGUUAAAGUCAAGAGAAGCAUUGGGACUGAUCAAAGGUUGGCGAUUUGGGCCCUUCUGGUUUACAAUGCUACCAACAAUCUGAAUUUAGAAGGAAAAGUCAUUCAGCAGAAGCUCUUAAAAAAUAAUGAGUCCCUGGAUGAGGGCUUGAGGCUAUAUACAGUGAGUGUGAGUCAAGUGGGCACAUGUCCUGCGGAGGAGAAACCCAAAGGCUUUUACUGGCCAGUCAUCCUACCUUCUGAAUACAGGCAUCCCUGUCCAGGGAAGCCGGGCUUUUCUGCUUCACGGACCUGUCAUCGUGACCAUUCCAACACAUCUUUAACCUACUGGGGGGAUCCUGAUAUUUCCAAUUGUACAAGGGAAGCAAAUGAAGUUGCCAAUCAGAUUUUAAAUUUAACUGGUGAUGGACAGACCUUAAAUUCGGCCAAUAUUACCAACAUUGUAGACCAGGUCAAAAAACUUGUGAAUAAAGAAGAAAAUAUUGAUAUAAAUCUUGGCUCAACUAUAAUGAACAUAUUUUCUAAUAUCUUAAGCAGUUCAGACAGUGACUUGAUUGAGUCAUCUUCUGAAGCUUUAAAAACAAUUGAUGAAUUGGCUUUCAAGAUAGACCUAAACAGCACACCACGUGUGAAUAUUACAACUCGGAAUUUGGCUCUUGGAAUAUCAUCCCUAUCUCCACAGACUAGUGAAGUUUUAAAUUUUAGCAUCAGUCUUCCAAAAAAUAAUGAGUCAUAUUUUCAGAUGGAUUUUGAGAGCAGACAUAUGGAUCCAUUGGCUUCUGUAAUUUUGCCUCUAAACUUACUUGAGAACUUAAGUCAAGAAAAUUCUGUAUUAGUUAAAAGAGCACAGUUUACUUUCUUCAAUAAAACUGGACUUUUUCAGGCAGUGCCUAAUCCCAUCUGUGCCUUCUGGGAUCUGAACAAAAAUGAAGGGUCUGGAUUUUGGAACACGUCGGGAUGUGUUGCUCACACAGAUUCAGACGCGAGCGAGACGAUCUGCCUGUGUAACCACCUCACACACUUUGGAGUUCUGAUGGACCUUCAAGGAACUGCCUCACAGAUAGAUGCAAGAAACACUAGAAUUCUCACCUUCAUCACCUAUAUUGGAUGUGGAAUAUCUGCUAUUUUUUCAGCAGCAACUCUCCUGACAUAUGUUGCUUUUGAAAAAUUGCGAAGAGAUUAUCCCUCCAAGAUCUUGAUGAACCUGAGCACAGCGCUGCUGCUGCUGAACCUCAGCUUCCUCCUGGACGGCUGGAUCACCUCCUUUCACGUGGUGGGUCUCUGCACCGCCAUCGCGGCGCUGCUGCACUUCUUCCUGCUCGCAACCUUCACCUGGAUGGGGCUGGAAGCGAUCCACAUGUACAUUGCUCUGGUGAAAGUAUUUAACACUUACAUUCGCCGAUACAUCCUGAAAUUCUGCAUCAUUGGCUGGGGUUUACCUGCCUUCAUUGUGUCAGUUGUUCUAGCAAGCAGAAGCCAAAGUGAAGUUUAUGGGGAAAAGAGUUAUGGAAAAGAACAAGGUGAUGAAUUCUGUUGGAUUCAGGAUCCAGUGGUAUUUUACGUGACCUGUGCUGGGUAUUUUGGAAUCAUGUUUUUACUGAAUGUCGCCAUGUUCAUCGUGGUAAUGGUGCAGAUCUGCGGAAGGAACGGCAAAAGGAGCAACCGGACCCUGCGGGAAGAGGUCUUACGGAACCUGCGCAGUGUGGUCAGCCUGACAUUUCUGCUGGGCAUGACAUGGGGUUUUGCCUUCUUUGCUUGGGGACCCUUAUAUAUCCCUUUCACGUACCUCUUCUCCAUCUUCAAUUCAUUACAAGGCUUAUUUAUAUUUAUUUUCCACUGUGCUAUGAAGGAGAACGUUCAGAAACAGUGGAGGCGGCAUCUCUGCUGUGGUAGAUUUCGGUUAGCAGACAACUCAGACUGGAGUAAGACAGCUACCAAUACCAUCAAGAAAAGUUCUGAUAAUCUAGGGAAAUCGUUGUCCUCAAGCUCCAUUGGUUCCAACUCAACCUAUCUUACAUCCAAAUCGAAAUGCAGCUCUUCCACCUACUUCAAAAGGAAUAGUCACACAGACAAUGCUUCCAUGGACAAGUCCUCAUCAAAACUGACCCAUGCUGAUGGAGAACAAACAUCAAUCAUCCCUGUCCAUCAGGUCAUUGAUAAGGUCAAGGGUUAUUGCAAUCCUCAUUCAGAUAACUUCUAUAAAAACAUUAUCAUGUCAGACACCUUCAGCCACAGCACAAAGUUUUAAUGUCUUUAAUAUAAGAAAGAAAUGUGAUCUGCAAGCAGUGAACACUGUGACUAGCAGAUGUAAAUGUGCCGUUACCUAGGUAACUCCAUAUCUAUGAGGAAUGUAUUUUGUUAAAAAGGCUUUUAUGAAAUUCAAAAUUUGUCUUUUCAGUGUAUUUCUUCCAUGGGGAAGUUUCCAUCAUCACUGAAACUUCAGUACUGAGAGCAACACUAUUCAGUAGCCACAGGAAAAAUGAAUUUUUAAAAUAUAAAAUUGAAUUCCACUAAUCAGAACUCAGGGGGAGACAUUAAAAUUAGAGAAGGGAGAGGCUGAGCUAGGGACAAACCCUAGUUUAGAGCUCAUUCACACCCCACCCAAUAGUUAGGUUUGGGUUUAGCCAUUUGCUUCCUUGAAAUCUUUCUCAACAAUCAAAGCAUAAUGAUACUUCUAACUUUUGUAGAUGCCUGCAACUCCUGAAAUGUGCUAGUUUCUGUGAAUGAAGUAGCAUAUAUCCUCUUUUUUUGUGAAAUAUCGUCCAUAGAUACAAAAGAAUGUCUGACCUGAAGAACAGAUAGGAAUUUUUUCUUAUCAUACCAAUUGUUUAACCUUCAGGAACAUAACAUUCUUAAGAAAGAAAGAAUUCACCAAAUUUUGACCUAGUUAAUAUGAGGCCAUGCAAAUUUAUACUAUUUUACUUAUCCUAUUCAAGACACAAAGCUUAAGGAUCAUCAUUAAUUAUCACUUAACCCCAUACAUUUGAAUCAAGUUUAGCAUUGAUGGUUCAUUAAUGUGAACCUCCCAGUAGUUAUUGAAGAAUGAGUCUCUUAUACCUCUGCUUUGCUCCUUUACUGAAUAUUGAGCCCACAGGCUCUGGAAGGAAUGAGAAUUUCCAUUAGGCAUGCUGUGUGCCAUAAUUUCUCCCUUUUAGGAAAUAUAGUCAUUGAGACUCUCGGGUCCUACCCUUGCUCUGCAGACUUUAAGACAUUUGCAGUUGCACAAAUGAAAAGCCUCUUACUUCCCCCUUUAAGAGUUUUGUUCCAAGGAAUAUAAACUGAGACAAAUGGGUGACUUAUCAUAAUCAAAAUAAUUUAUAAACAUGUGGGUCUACAAUUGCUAGUCGAAAAACUAUUUGUACAUAAGUCCUCUGAUUAUAGGAGCCAGAGGAGGUCUGGUAAGAUAGAUGGUGUUAUUUAUGGAUUAGGUUUCUGCCUACAAGCCAUGCAUAAUAUUAAGCAACUUACUUAACUUUCAAACUAUUCUGAGUAAUAUGCUUGCUAGUGAAUGUUUAGGAGACCACAUUUUAUUUGUUCUUAAAUGAUGGAUUUGUAUCCAGUUUCUUACAGAUUGGUCUCAGUACGUGCUGUACCCUUACAUCUGCUCUGGGUUAUCUGGGAAGUAUCAGAUUCUGGGAGGUGGCUAUGUGUUGGGAAGUUAAGCCAUUCUGGAGCCAAUCUGUUUAAAGGCAGCAGGCAGAACUGAGCACCUGGGGGCCUUUCCCUCUGUGCAGAAAGCAGAUAGCUCUCAGCCUGAGACUUAGCAUCCAGGCUGUGCAGCCACCAAGGGGCCUCUCACCUUUUGCUGAUCCUCAGUCAUGAAGCUAUUUGCCAGAUUGAAUGGAUAAUAAGACAAUGUGGGGGUGGAUUUUAUUACUGUUCCAUUUCGCAGCAGGGUGGAACACUGUCCCGGGGGACAUGAGCAUUGCCCAGCUUUGCUUUCACAGGGGAGGGGUGUACAUAGUAGGGAAGGAUAGUAAAUCUUCAAAUCACAAAGAUCCAUUACAGUAGAGCCAGAUCGUUCCCUGUAGGCAUAUGUUAACAGGCUGCUUAUUCUGGCAGAAAUUAUAUAUAGAUAAAAAUUAAUCUUAAAUAGUCACUGAAUCUUCAUAUACUGUCCCCAAGCCUUAGAGAUUCAUGAUAGAAUUUAAUUAGCUUCCUACUGUGAGAUUUCUACCCAAAGUGCGUAUUGAGUUAACAGUGAUUAAGAGGUAGCUACAAAAAUGACUUUGAUUUCUACUCAUAUUUAUCCAGAUCUGGGAAACCUUUUUAUUCAUAUUUGACAACAAUGUCAGCUCCAUUUUAGAAAUGUCCAGUAACCAGGUAAGGAAAAAUGGAAGAAACAGCUGAAUAGGAACAUUUGCAACUGGAUUUAAAGACUGAGCCAAAUUCUACCCUCAGUUCUAAGGAUACAAUUCUCCCCUUCACUUAACCCCCUCAGAACAGAAUUACAGAAAUUCAAUUACAGGAAUGUAAUUCUGUGGAGCCAAAAUUUAGUUUCAGCUCAGCUUUGAGACUAAUAUCAAUUCAGACUCUCUGGGAUUUUUUCUUCUUUAUCCUUUAAAAACAAAACUCCAUUGUAUUGAAUCAUAGUCUAGCAUCCUGAGAUAUUUUGCCUUCUUGUCGCCAUUACUUGCACUGUAAUGCUUUUCUUUUUCACUGUUGUCAUAGACUCUUUUGUACAUGUUUAUUUAUUUAUGUUUAUAAAUGUCAGCUUGUUUUGUAUCUUA